CACGGUGCGUUCUUGUGUGCAGCAAUAAAGUUGCACCAACAAACAAGUCUUAAAUAACUUAUAUUGCAUCAUUUUGAAUUUCACAAAAGUUACAAAUUGCCUCUUAUUCGUUUUCACUACAUUCUUCAACUCGAAAACUUACAAAAUCAGUAAAAAUCGUGAAAUACAAACCACCUCUCAGCAGCAAUUACGCUCCGUGUAGAACCACCCUAACAAUUUUCAUCACCCUCCUCACACGCACCAGAAACUUGUUUGCCUAAACGAGUGUGACCCUGCAUGAGUGCGCUAAUAGUGUAGAGCAACCCGUAGCAACCGCAGAAAGAUGGCAUACCGUGUCCUGACGACGGCCAAAAAGCUCGAAUCCGUGCUGGUCGGGCUGAACAGACCGCACCGUACCGUGAACGGGCCCGACUGUGAACAGAUCAUUCGCAGCCUAAGCUACCUGCAGUCGAGAAGCAACAAAACGUGGAACGAGUUCCUGCACCGCAUACAGGUGUUCUGCGAGAAGCCACCGAAAGGGUUCGAGAAGUACUUCAAACCACCCGGCGCCGCUAGCGCACAGCAGGCGAAGCAGGCCAACAAGGCAGGUGAAAGUGGGACCAGCAAAGAUGGCAGCAGCAGCAGCAGCAACAGCGCAGCCGAACAGUCCGCCAGCCAGUCCAACGCGCCGCCCGGUGCAACGUCACGCAAGAACGACUGGAAUUUGGGCAUGUUUUCGCCACAGCCGGCCCGAGGCAAGGGUGGUUCCAGCGGCAGUGGCGGUUCCGGCCGACCCAUCGGCGGCGGUGAAGAGGGCGAUAAGGAGAAGAUGCUGAUGUUUGGUGCGCUGGCCGGUGUUGCAUUGAUAUCGGCGAUCGCUUUCUUCGAGAUGGGAUACAAAGAAAUUGCGUGGAAGGAAUUCGUGAACAACUACCUCGCUCGCGGUAUCGUCGACAAGCUGGAAGUGGUUAACAAAAAAUGGGUCCGCGUUAAGCUAACGCCCGGCAAUGCUACAGAUUCAUCGGGCAUUCUCUGGUUCAACAUUGGCAGCGUGGACUCGUUCGAGCGCAACCUGGAGAGUGUGCAGACGGACAUGAACAUCGAGCCGGUCAACUUUGUGCCGGUCAUCUAUCGGAGCGAGCUGGAAGCGUCCAGCUUAACGGGUCUGCUACCGACGCUGCUCAUCAUCGGGUUCCUCGUCUACAUGAUGCGCCGCUCGUCCGAGAUGAUGGGUGGUGGUCGGGGCGGACGCCGCGGUGGAGGUCUGUUUGGUGGCGUCAUGCAAUCGACCGCCAAGCUAAUCAAUGCUAAUGAAAUCAACGUCGGAUUCAAGGAUGUGGCCGGCUGCGAGGAGGCCAAAAUCGAAAUUAUGGAGUUUGUCAACUUCCUCAAAAACCCCCAGCAAUACAUCGAUCUCGGUGCCAAGAUUCCCAAGGGCGCCAUGCUGACCGGACCGCCCGGUACGGGUAAAACGCUGCUCGCGAAGGCCACGGCAGGGGAAGCGAACGUACCCUUCAUUACCGUGUCCGGGUCGGAGUUUUUGGAAAUGUUUGUCGGCGUGGGACCGUCGCGCGUACGCGACAUGUUCGCCAUGGCCCGCAAGAACGCGCCGUGCAUUCUCUUCAUCGACGAAAUCGAUGCGGUCGGACGAAAGCGCGGCGGCAAAAGCUUCGGCGGCCACUCGGAGCAGGAGAACACACUGAACCAGCUGCUGGUGGAGAUGGACGGGUUCAACACGACCACGAAUGUGGUCGUGCUGGCCGCCACCAACCGGGUGGACAUCCUCGACAAGGCGCUGCUGCGACCGGGCCGCUUCGAUCGGCAGAUCUACGUGCCCGCCCCGGACAUUAAGGGGCGUGCUUCCAUCUUCAAAGUGCAUUUGGGCCCGCUCAAGACCGACCUGGACAAGACGGAUCUGGCCCGCAAGAUGGCCGCCCUGACGCCCGGCUUCACCGGGGCGGACAUCGCGAACGUCUGUAACGAGGCCGCCCUGAUUGCGGCGCGCGAUCUGAACGAAUCAAUCGUGAUGAAGCACUUCGAGCAGGCGAUCGAGCGCGUGAUCGCGGGCAUGGAGAAGAAAACGAACGUGCUGUCGCCGGAGGAGAAGCGCACGGUGGCGUACCACGAGGCGGGCCAUGCCGUGUGCGGCUGGUUCCUCGAGCACUCCGAUCCGCUGCUGAAGGUGUCGAUCAUUCCGCGCGGCAAGGGUCUCGGGUACGCCCAGUACCUGCCGAAGGAUCAGUACCUGCUGACGACGGAGCAGCUGUACGAUCGCAUGUGCAUGACGCUCGGGGGCCGCGUGUCGGAGGAGAUCUUCUUCGAGCGCAUCACGACCGGUGCGCAGGACGAUCUGAAGAAAAUCACCGACAGUGCGUACGCGCAGAUUACGCGCUUCGGCAUGAACAAGAAGGUGGGCAACGUGAGCUUCGACAGCUCGCAGCCGGGCGAUCCGAUGUUCGCGAAACCGUACUCGGAACAGACGGCCCAAAUCAUCGACGAGGAGGUGCGCGCCCUGAUCGACCGGGCGUACGUGCGAACGAAAGCGCUGCUGACGAAGCACCGGGCCGACGUGGAGAAGGUGGCGGAGCGUUUGCUCAAGAACGAAAUUCUCAGCCGCGAUGACAUGAUCGAGCUGCUCGGCAAGCGCCCAUUCCCGGAGAAGUCGACGUACGAGGAGUUCGUGGAGGGUACGGGCUCGUUCGAGGAGGACACCACGCUGCCGGACGGGCUGGCCAGCUGGAACAAGGAGAAGGGCCAGGAGAAGGAGUCCAGCGCGAAGGGCGACGAUGGCGGCAAGGUGAAGGCAUAAUAAUCUGUCGAGAGCGUCAUUGUUGUUUAGUUGAUCAAGAGAAAAGUUACUGAAUGUGUUCCACUAACGCCACGAAGAGGAAAAUAAAAGCUACACACGAGCGACACAUGCUGCAAUCCACACACACACACACGUACGGAGUUCGCAAAUCACUUUUGUUUCGCCCCAGUGAUGGGUUGGUAUUUGCAGCAACAGUAUGAAAUAUUACGAUUUUUUAGGCGCUCAUAGAAUUAGCUGACGCGAGUGGAAAGGCAAAUGGUGAUGAUGCUACAUGCACAAACAGUAAAUGAUGAAUGUUGUAGGACCCAGUCGGAGUUGCCCAGCCAAACAAGCAACAUUGACACGGGAUAGUCAAAGCAAGCAUUGUGCAAAGAACUUGUACUUACAUGUUACCCCCCGUGCGGUUUUAACACGAUCUUCACACUUCAUCAAAUAAAUUGGAUAGUUGAAUUGA